AUGGUCAUGUACGAGGAGGAAGUCACCAACUUUUCGGAUGAUUUCCGGGAUUGGAUCACACAUCCCAUCUACACAUUUUCACGCCAUCUGAUCAGCCCCCUUCUGCGCAUGGGAAGACUCCUUCAACACACACGGCAAUCGAUGUCAUGGCCAGAUCAGAUGAAGGCCGAGGCAGCAGCUUUGGAGGAAGAACUUCUUCAGUGUUACGACCGCGACGUUGAGGCCAACAGAGGUCCCAUCAAAGACACCGCGGACGUUUUACACGUCAACGAGGCUAUGCAUGCGGCAGCGCUCAUCAUGUUUUAUACCAGGAUCAUGGACAUGCCCUUCACUACGCCGCUCAUCAGACGAAACGUUGACAAAGUCCAGCGGGAAGCCUCCUUUAUAGCACCCAGCUCGCUUUCGAGCCGUGCCAUUAUAUUUCCCCUCUUUAUCGCUGGCUGUGAGGCGGUCGACGGCAGAGUUCGGGAAUUGAUUGCUCAGCGCAUUCUUGGAAGCAAUUAUUGUAGCGAGCUCGAGCCGUCCAAGGUUGUCAGUCACCUAUCCCAGAUAUGGAGCGUUCGCGAUCAGAGCCCAGGACUUACGUGGUUGGAGUGGUCGCAGCAAGGCAAUCCUCUUGAAGAUUAUCAUCGCUCUUCAUGA